AUGAUCCACCGCGAAGUAGCCGAUGGUCUAGAGCGUCUUUGGAACGUAAGAGUAAACUGCAUAUGGGAAGCCGAUGAAAGUAGUCGCCAUGGAGAGGUUUAUAUAUUCGACCAUGUAUUUAAUCAGGAAUGUACAAAUUCAGAUGUAUAUGGAUCUGUAGUAAAACCUUUAGUCGAUUCCUUCAUGGAAGGUUUCAAUGCCACAAUAUUUGCAUAUGGCCAAACAUCUUCUGGCAAAACACACACCAUUUUGGGCAAUAAAACAGAUCCUGGGCUUUUCCAAUUAGUAUCCAAUCAGUUAUUCCAGCAUGUGGCAGACCAGGUUGAUAAGAGGUACUUGAUUAGAUGCAGUUAUAUUGAAAUCUACAAUGAAAAGAUCAAUGACCUCCUGGAUAAGAGCAAUCAGGACCAGGUUGAUAAGAGGUACUUGAUUAGAUGCAGUUAUAUUGAAAUCUACAAUGAAAAGAUCAAUGACCUCCUGGAUAAGAGCAAUCAGGGUUUAACUAUAAGAGAAGAUAUCAAAGGAAAUGUGCUGCUUGAUGCAAGGGAAGCUGUCGUAGACAAUGUUGAUAAAGUUAUGGAGAACAUGAUGCAGGGCAAUAAGAUCAGACGAGUUGCAGCUACUCGCAUGAAUGAGAGGUCAUCUCGAUCACACACGAUUUUCCGGAUUAUUCUGGAGUCGAAAGAUGCCAAUCAGAAAGAUGGACCUGUACAUAUAAGCUACCUUAACUUAAUGGACUUAGCUGGUUCUGAGAGAGUUUCUCUGACGAAAGCUGCUGGUGAGCGUCUUAAAGAGGGGGCUAACAUAAACAAAUCUUUGUCAGUAUUAGGAAAUGUGAUAAGGCAACUAAGCGAGGGGAAGGAGUUUAUCAGUUAUCGCGAUUCGAAAUUGACUAGACUGCUCUCACAGGCUCUUGGCGGUAAUGCCAAAUCAUUGAUUAUCGGGAAUAUCAGACCAAUGAUCCACCGCGAAGUAGCCGAUGGUCUAGAGCGUCUUUGGAACGUAAGAGUAAACUGCAUAUGGGAAGCCGAUGAAAGUAGUCGCCAUGGAGAGGUUUAUAUAUUCGACCAUGUAUUUAAUCAGGAAUGUACAAAUUCAGAUGUAUAUGGAUCUGUAGUAAAACCUUUAGUCGAUUCCUUCAUGGAAGGUUUCAAUGCCACAAUAUUUGCAUAUGGCCAAACAUCUUCUGGCAAAACACACACCAUUUUGGGCAAUAAAACAGAUCCUGGGCUUUUCCAAUUAGUAUCCAAUCAGUUAUUCCAGCAUGUGGCAGACCAGGUUGAUAAGAGGUACUUGAUUAGAUGCAGUUAUAUUGAAAUCUACAAUGAAAAGAUCAAUGACCUCCUGGAUAAGAGCAAUCAGGGUUUAACUAUGAGAAGAUAUCAAAGGAAAUGUGCUGCUUGA